AUGUCAAAAGUCGGUUCAGCUAAUAUUAUAAUACAACCUCGUCAUUACGAGAUUCAUAAUAGUUUUGUUUUAAUGGGUAAUGAAAGGUUCUUGCAUGAAUAUAAAUUUGAAGAAGGAACAUGUGGAUGUUCUUCAAUUUAUUAUACAACUAUUACUGACACACGUUUACUUAGUCGAUCUGAAACAACAGGUUGCUGUGAUUGCGGUUCUCAGCCAGAUCAUUUGGAUGCUUCUAUCUUCUUACGAGAUAUUGUUGAAAUUCGUGAAGCUAUACAAACUUCUACGUGCUGUUGUUGUUCAUUCUUUGCUCGAUGCUGUCGAUGUUGUAGACCUCCUUCAAGUGCGAUUCAAAUUCGAGGUACAUUUGGUUCUCAAAUAGUGCAUAUACUGAAAGAGGAUAUGCCAGAUUUACAAGUUGAAAUGCCAGCAGCGAUAGCAAAUCAUAAACUUGUAUCUCAUCAUUAA